AUGAUUGCAAAGCCUUGGGAACUCGAUGCCAAGGCGUUGAAGAGGAUUGCUCAACUUCCUGUCGAGAAGCAACCGUAUGCCCUCAUCACGUAUCGACACUACAAUUUCAACACCUACAAGCUGCCGUUCAUCUUCGCCUUCUUGAUCUACGGUCUAUUCUUGUUGCUCAUCAUUGGUGCUAGCAUCAACAAUCUGUUGGCCUGGGGCUGGCCAGCGCUGCAUGCCAGAUCGAAGCGAAAGCUUCGACUGUUCCGUGCAUAUGUGACCGAGCAUCCCCUUGUUCAUCGCAAACAUGCUUCCGUUGUCUCCUUCUCGCCUCUCAAAUGGCUCACACUCCAGCUACCUCUGCGUGGCGAGGCUAUCAUCGUCUUUCUUUACUCCUUCCUCAACUUUCUUCCCCUUGUCACCUUCUACAACCUCUACGUGAGUCCCAACAACACGUUCUACCCAGGGCCAACUGGCAAGCGCGACCAGAUUUGUCGUCACCUUGCGGAUCGCGCUGCCAUUCUUGGAGUCUCUCAGCUUCCUCUGCUCAUCUUGAUGGCAAGCAAGCGAACUCCACUCGCGAUCAUGGCUGGUCUGGGCAUGAACAGCUUGAUGCUCUAUCACCGAUGGAUUGCACGAUGGUUCUGGCUUCAUAUCCUCAUCCACACCGCCGGAUUCACUGCCAUUUACAUUCGUAUAGGUGGUGUAGCGGAGCUACUGGAGCAUAAUUACGUGAUAUGGGGCAUCGUGGGUCUCAGUAUGAUGUCCGGACUUGUCUUCUUUUCCCUAAGAACCUUACGACAGCGCCACUACGAGAUCUUCGUCAUGCUCCACAUCACGAUGGCAUUCUUUGCCAUGCUCGGCACUUACCUCCACAUUGCAUUGAUCAGGUCGCCCAAGUUCCAAAUUUUUGUGGUGUUGACCGAGAUCUCUGCAGCCAUCUGGGCCUUCGAUCGCUUUGCCCGCUUGGUGAGCCGGUUCUAUCUUUCCUUCUCUUCGCCUCGCUUGAGCCCUUCCUCUGAUAAGCAAGGGUCUAACCUCGUCAAGUGCGCGACAGGCAAGAUCCGCGCCUUCGGCUGCAACAGCGAAUACACGCGCCUUCGCAUCUCGGUUCCUGCUUCGAAGCUGCGUUUGUCCAAUCAGCGCAGAAUGAUGAGCGGAAUCGCUGGUGGUGACGACAUCCGCAUCACCAUUCCUCGCCUGCAGUGGGUCGGCGAACAUCCUUUCACCGUAUUUGCGGUUGGAACCCAGUCUGAAGAUCCUACGCAAGGCUUCAUUGACUUGCUCAUCAAGACCGAGGCCGGACUGACGCGCAAGCUUGCCCAGCUUGUCAACAAGCCGACAGGGAGUGGUAGCCAAGAAAAGGAUGUCGAGCUUGCUGGUGACAGCAACAGGAAGAGUGAAGUUGCAGUCUUGAUCGAAGGUCCUUUUGGUAUCAUCCCAGACAUCCACGAAGCGACAGAUCUAGUUUUGGUAUCAGGGGGUAUUGCAAUCACUUUCGGCUGGGCGUUGUUCAACGCUGCUGUGCACGCAAGCAGGAGAUCAAAGCUGAACUCCUGCAAGCUUAUUUGGAUUAUUCGUGACCAUGAAACUCUUACGAUUGUGGAAGAAGCAUUCACCGAGCUUGUGAAGAUGAUGGAAGAAAAGCAAUUCUGGAAGCGAUGCCGUUUCUCGAUCGAUAUCUAUGUCACUUCGCAGAAGUACACUAGUCAUGGCGGCUCGACAACUGCUUCUGACUCAGUGCCGACGUUGCCUUCAUCGCGAUCGUCAUCCUCAAACUCGAUCAAGGAGAAGCCCGCCACCGAACUGCCUCAACCUGGGGAGUCUUCGACCCCUGUAUCCGAUGCCGUAGCCGAACUGCCUAUGAUCCCACAUCAAAACCAGAUUCAAGACGGCGGCGAGGAGCAAGGAGACCUUUUCUCCAAAGGCGCAGAGGGCAACAUCAUCAAGGUGACACGCUUCGGUGGUCGUCCUCAGGCUCUCGAUACUGCCCUUUUCGGCCACUUCGAUCAGCAGUAUCUGCAAGAGAGCAAGGGCCUGACUGUAGGCCUGUGCGGACCGCCCAGUUUAUGCGAUGAUGUUCGGGCAGAAACGGUCAACUUGCUGAAGAAAGGUGUCAACGUUGAGCUGCUUGAGGACUGCUUCACCUGGUAA